UGAAGAGGAAACAGUGGCGGUACUCAGGGGAAGACGAGAAGAUUCCAUAAUCCAUGCAAUAGAGGCUCUAACUCUAUGGUUAGGGGCCAUCCAAUUCAUCUUUGCUUUGGUCCUCACGGCCUUUCUCUUCCUUUCAGUUCCCGUGGCCCUCACGAUAUUUGGGUUGCUUUUAGUUUUUACGGUGAUUCCCGUCAACGACAAAUGCAAAUUUGGGAGAAAACUGUCCAGGUAUAUUUGUGAGAAUGGUUGCAGUUAUUUUCGGGUAACUCUACAUGUGGAGGACAUAAACGCGUUCGACCCAAAUCAUAUACCUAUGUCUUUGGAUAUGAGCCACAUUCAAUUCUGCCAACUGGUUUCGUUGCACUUGUUGAUUUUACAGGUGUUCUACACACCAUUCCUGCAGCAUGUAUGGACUUGGUUGGGUUUUACACCAGCAACGAAGAAAAUUUUUACCUCCCUACGCGGAUCUGGUCAUAGUUGCAUCAUAGUGCCAGGUGGAGUGCAAGAGUCAUGCCUUAUGGAGCACGGUUGUGAGAUUGCCUUCCUCAAGUCUAGAAAAGGAUUUGUUCACAUAGCCAUGGAGAUGGGACGGUCGCUGGUUCCAGUUUUCUGCUUUGGUCAGUCAAACAAGUGGUGGAAUCCUGGUGGAAAGCUGUCACUGCAAAUUUCUAGAGUUAUCAAGUUUACCCCCAUUUUCUUUUGGGAAAUCUUAGGAUCUCAUUUACCUUUACCAGCAUUUAGUGCAUGUGGUGGUGGGUAGGCCAAUUGAGAUUAAGCAAAAUCCACAACCCACUGUGGAAGAGGUGUGGAUGCUUUCUAACAUGUUGUUUCUGUUAGU